AUGCAGUUCACACGGGUCAGCAGCCUGAGCCUCGCCUUGCUUCUGAGCAAGGGGACAGCUGGGCAAAAGCCGCUGGUGGACUCAGCAUCCUUACAAGCAGAUAUUUCUGCAGACAACCUGCGCGCGGACCUGGUGCAGUUCGACCAGAUUGCAACCGCCAAUGGUGGCAACAGAGCAUUCGGCUAUUCGGGCUACGAUGCUUCGGUCGACUUUGUAUGGAGCAAGAUCUCCCAGCUUGACGGCGUGAGGGCCUGGAAACAAGACUUUCCCGGUGUCUUCAGCCGGGAUUCUGGAGCCAAUCUGACAGUAAAUGACGUCCGUUAUGAGGCUUUCCCAGUCUAUACCUCUCCAUACACGCCCGCAGGCGGACUGACGGCUGAUGUCGUCGUCGGACCUGUAGGCAGUGCAGGCUGCGACAUUGAGGCUUACGCCGACCUUGAUGUCAGCGGCAAGGUCGUCUUGGUCGAGGCUGGUGACUGCCCAGGCGUGCGCCGCGGGUUUCUUGAGGGCAAGGUCGUUCCAGCUGCUAGGUCUGGUGCCAUCGCCGCUAUUAUCUAUAACAAUGUUACCUCGAGGCAGACUUCUGCAGGGUUCUCGAGGUCAGACCCGAACGACAUUCCUGCUCUGUUCAUCAACAACGCCCCAGGAUUGGAGCUUAAAGGGAGAGUCGAGUCCGGAGAAGAUGUCAAUGCCACCGUGGUGUCCGUGGAGAUCACAGACACUAGGAUCACCCAAAACGUUUUCGCUGAGACUGUUGAGGGUGAUCCUGAGAACACGAUUAUUCUUGGAGCUCAUCUUGACAGUGUCUCAGCCGGUGCUGGUCUCAAUGAUAAUGCAUCUGGGUCGUCACUUCUACUGGCACUCGUAACCGCCCUGUCCAAGUAUAGCACCAAGAAGCGGAUUCGAUUUGCCUGGUGGGGCGCGGAGGAGCGAGGACUACUCGGAUCGAAAUACUACGUCAACAACCUGUCACCAGAAGAGAGCGCCGAUAUCCUGGCCUACCUCAACUUUGACAUGGUAUCCAAGGGCUACUUUGGCGUAUUUGACGGUGACGGCAGCACGCACGGUGUUGCUGCCCCGCCCGGGUCUGGUGCCAUCGAGCAGCUCUUCGUGGCCGACUUCGCUUCCAAAGGCUUGCCGGUUACACCGGCCAGUUUCACGAACGGGAGUGACUAUGCUUCGUUCUGGAAGGUGCUAAACAAGCCCAUUGGUGGUCUUCACACUGGGACUGGGGUGGAACAAGACCCGUGCUAUCACGCGCCUUGUGACGGCAUCAACAACCCCAACAUUACGACGUUGACAAUCAACACCAGGCUCAUGUUCUUUCGAUUUUAG